UCCAUCAAGGCUGGGCCGUGGUGUCACGGUGGCCAUCUGCACUGUCAGUGGAGCAGGGCUCCAGGAGAUGGGUGGGCAGGACCGUGUGUGUCUGGGGUUUGCCAGAUGGGGACAGUGAAAAACGCAGGCAGAGAGGUGGGGCCAGGGCAUUGGCAGCUGACAGGGAGUGGGGAAGGCCAGGGCCAGAUCCUGCAGCGCUUCCCGGAGAAGGACUGGGAGGAUAACCCCUUCCCUCAGGGCAUCGAGCUGUUUUGCCAGCCCAGCGGGUGGCAGCUGUGUCCUGAGAGGAACCCACCGACCUUCUUCGUUGCCGUCCUCACUGACAUCAACUCGGAGCGGCAUUACUGUGCCUGCUUGACCUUCUGGGAGCCAGCAGAGCCCACGCAGGAAGCCGUGUGCUCGGAGGACGCUGCCGGGAGGGAAGAGAGAGCCGACGAGGGAGGCCCAGGGCGACUGUCACCUGGCACGUCUGGCCCGCCAGGCCAGCUGUUCGCUCCAAAGACUCUGGUGUUGGUGUCUCGGUUGGACCACGUGGAGGUGUUCAGGAACAGCCUGGGUCUCAUCUACACCAUCCACGUGGAGGGCCUGAACGUGGGCCUGGAGACCGUGGUCGGGAACCUGCUCACCUGCAUCAUCCCCCUGGCUGGGGGCUCACAGAGAACCAUCUCUUUGGGGGCAGGUGACCGGCAGGUCAUCCAGACCCCACUCACCGACUCCCUGCCCAUCAGCCGCUGCAGCGUGGCCCUGCUCUUCCGCCAGCUAGGCAUCACCAACGUGCUGUCUUUGUUCUGCGCUGCCCUCACUGAGCACAAGGUGCUCUUCCUGUCCCGGAGCUACCAGCGCCUCUCAGACGCCUGCCGAGGACUCCUGGCCCUGCUGUUCCCGCUCCGAUACAGCUUCACCUACGUGCCCAUCCUGCCGGCGCAGCUCCUGGAGGUUCUCAGCACGCCCACGCCCUUCAUCAUCGGCGUCAACGCAGCCUUCCAGGCAGAGACCCAGGAGCUGCUGGAUGUGAUUGUGGCUGACCUGGAUGGAGGGACGGUGACUGUCCCCGAGUGUGUACACAUUCCACCGCUGCCGGAACCGCUGCAGAGCCAGACCCACAGCGUGCUGAGCAUGGUCCUGGACCCGGAGCUGGAGUUGGCAGAUCUCGCCUUCCCACCCCCCACAAUAUCCUCUUCCUCCCUGAAGAUGCAGGACAAGGAGCUGCGGGCUGUUUUUCUGCGGCUCUUUGCUCAGCUCCUGCAGGGCUACCGUUGGUGUCUGCACAUGGUCCGCAUCCACCCGGAGCCUGUCAUCCGCUUCCACAAGGCAGCCUUCCUGGGCCAGCGUGGGCUGGUGGAGGACGACUUCCUGAUGAAGGUGCUCGAGGGCAUGGCCUUUGCGGGCUUCGUGUCGGAACGCGGGGUCCCCUACCGUCCCACGGACCUGUUGACGAGCGGGGACCAGGCCACGGCCAAGAUGCAGGGAGCGCCCCCCGCUGUGAAGGCCGAGAGGAGGACCACUGUGCCCUCGGGGCCCCCUAUGACUGCCAUCCUGGAGCGGAGCAGCGGGCUCCAUGGCAACAGUGCUCGCCGCCUGGAGGUGGUUCGGAACUGCAUCUCCUACGUGUUCGAGGGGAAGAUGCUGGAGGCCAAGAAGGUGAGGGCGCUGGGCGUGGGGGGUGCGCUGGGCCCCAGCUGGGCCUCCUCACCUUCCAUCAGUCGUGGGAGCUGGGCUGGCAGGGAGGGCGGUGGGUGCCAGGGCUCAGGUCCCUCCAGCUCAGUGCGGUUCAGUGAGAGCCGUUUCUUUCAAUUUUCUCUUUUAAAUUCAUUGGAGGGACGUUGGUUGAUGGCUCAUGUUUCAGACGGGCACUGUGACACGUGGCCUGUAGAUUGCGGUGUGUGUGUGCCCAACCACCCAAGGUCAGAUCUCCCAUCACCAUAUACUUGGCCCCUUUAUCCUUUCCUACGCCCCCACCCCCCAAAGGUUUCUUCAGCCUCCACAGAAAGUGUUGACCCACGUGUGUUUCAGAACCGCGCCGUCCUGGACCACCAGCAGUUUGACUUUGUCGUCCGCAUGAUGAACUGCUGCCUGCAGGACUGCACCUCUCUGGACGAGCACGGCAUCGCAGCCGCCCUGCUGCCCCUGGUCACUGCCUUCUGCCGGAAGCUGAGCCCGGGGGUGACGCAGUUUGCGUACAGCUGCGUGCAGGAGCAUGUGGUGUGGAGCACGCCCCAGUUCUGGGAGGCCAUGUUCUACGGGGAUGUGCAGACCCACAUCCGGGCCCUCUACUUGGAACCUGCCGAGGACCGAGACCCCUCCCAGGGCUGGGAGGAGCCUGCAGAGGAGGAGCGCUCGGCCCUGGAUGUGGCGUCCGAGCAGCGGCGUCUGUGGCCCAUGCUGAGCCGCGAGAAACAGCAGGAGCUGGUGCAGAAAGAGGAGAGCACGGUGUUCAGCCAGGCCAUCCACUACGCCAACCGCAUGAGCUACCUGCUGCUGCCCCUCGACUCCAGCAAGAGCCGCCUGCUGCGUGAGCGCGCAGGGCUGGGCGACCUGGAGAGCGCCAGCAACAGCCUGGUCACCAGCAGCAUGGCGGGCAGUGUGGCCGAGAGCUAUGACACGGAGAGUGGCUUUGAGGACGCAGAGACCUGUGACGUAGCCGGGGCUGUUGUCCGCUUCAUCAAUCGCUUCGUGGACAAGGUCUGCACAGAGAGUGGGGUCACCAGCGACCACCUCAAGGGGCUGCAUGUCAUGGUGCCAGACAUCGUCCAGAUGCACAUCGAGACCCUGGAGGCCGUGCACCGCGAGAGCAGGAGGCUGCCCCCCAUCCAGAAGCCGAAGCUGCUGCGGCCUCACCUGCUGCCUGGCGAGGAGUGUGUGCUGGACGGCCUGCGUGUCUACCUGCUCCCCGACGGGCGUGAGGAGGGCUCUGGGGGCAGCGGGGGUGGCCCCGCAGUGCUCCCGGCCGAGGGUGCCGUCUUCCUCACCACCUACCGGGUCAUCUUCACGGGGAUGCCCACCGACCCCCUGGUGGGGGAGCAGGUGGUGGUCCGCUCCUUCCCGGUGGCCGCGCUGACCAAGGAAAAGCGCAUCACGGUCUCGACGCCCGUGGAACAGAUCCCGCAGGGCUUCCUGUAGGCUCGCCCGACCUCAGAGGUCUUGUGUCUGACGCAGCUGCUGAAGAUGGCCUUCGACGAGGAGGUCGGGUCCGAGAACGCCGAGCUCUUCCGCAAGCAGCUGCACAAGCUGCGGUACCCGCUGGACAUCAGGACCACCUUCGCCUUCACCCAGGGCUCCGCGCACACGCCCAGCCGGCCGCCCCGCACCACCAAGGACAAGGGUCCCUCUCUCAGGACCCUGUCCCGGAACCUCGUGAAGAACGCCAAGAAGACGAUGGGGCGGCCGCACGUCACUCGGAAGAAGUACAACCCCCCCAGCUACGAGCACAGGGGCCAGUCCCCCGAGGACCAGGAGGAUGAGAUCUCAGUGUCAGAGGAUCUGGAGCCCGGCACGCUGACCCCGACCUCGGCCCUGAAGCCCUCCGACCGCAUGACCAUGAGCAGCCUGGUGGAGCGGGCCUGCUGCAGGGACUACCAGCGCCUGGGCCUGGGCACACUGAGCAGCAGCCUGAGCCGCGCCAAGUCGGAGCCCUUCCGCAUCUCCCCGGUCAACCGCAUGUACGCCAUCUGCCGCAGCUACCCGGGGCUGCUGAUCGUGCCCCAGAGCGUCCAGGACAAUGCGCUGCAGCGUGUCUCCCGCUGCUACCGCCAGAACCGCUUCCCCGUGGUCUGCUGGCGCAGUGGACGCUCCAAGGCUGUGCUGCUGCGCUCAGGGGGCCUGCAUGGCAAGGGUGUCGUCGGUCUCUUUAAGGCCCAGAACACGCCUUCUCCAGGCCAGUCCCAGGCGGACUCCAGCAGCUUGGAGCAGGAGAAGUACCUGCAGGCCGUGGUCAGCUCCAUGCCCCGCUACGCCGACACAUCCGGCCGCAACACCCUCAGCGGCUUCUCCUCAGCCCACAUGGGCGGUCAUGUGCCCAGCCCCAGAGCCAGGGUCACCACGCUGUCCAACCCCAUGGCGGCCUCGGCCUCCAGACGGACUGCACCCCGAGGUAAAUGGGGCAGCGUUCGGGCCAGCGGGCGCAGUGGUGGGCUCGGUGGUGAUGUGGGCUCCCGGCUAGCAGGCAGAGACACGCGGGGGCCCCCCCAGGCGAACGGGGCUCCCCCAGACUCAGGCUUUCCGCGGCCCCAGCGUGCAGCCCUCUACAUCAUUGGGGACAAGGCCCAAUUCAAGGGCGUGCGACCAGACCCCCUGCAGCAGUGGGCGCUGGUGCCCAUCGAGAUGUUCGAGGCCCGGCAGGUGAAGACCAGCUUCAAGAAGCUGCUGAAGGCCUGUGUCCCGGGCUGUCAGGACUUCGAGUCCGGCCCCACCUUCCUGCGCUCGCUGGAGGAUUCGGAGUGGCUCACCCAGAUCCACAAGCUGCUACAUGUGUCGGUGAUGGUGGUGGAGCUGCUGGACUCGGGCUCCUCGGUGCUGGUGAGCCUGGAGGACGGCUGGGACAUCACCACGCAGGUGGUGUCCCUGGUGCAGCUGCUCUCGGACCCCUUCUACCGCACACUGGAGGGCUUCCGCCUGCUGGUGGAGAAGGAGUGGCUGUCCUUUGGCCAUCGCUUCAGCCACCGGGGGGCCCACACCCUGGCCGGGCAGAGCAGCGGCUUCACGCCCGUCUUCCUGCAGUUCCUGGACUGUGUGCACCAGGUCCACCUGCAAUUCCCCAUGGAGUUCGAGUUCAGUCCCUUCUACCUCAAGUUUCUGGGCUACCACCACGUGUCCCGCCGCUUCCGGACCUUCCUGCUGGACUCGGACUAUGAGCGCAUCGGGGCUCAGUGCUGCCCUGCAGGGCUGCUGUACGAGGAGAAGGGGGAGCGCAAGGGCCCGCAGGCCUGCAGGUCUGUGUGGGAGUAUGUGGACCGGCUGAGCAAGAGGACGCCCGUGUUCUACAACUACAUGUACGCGCCCGAGGACACGGAGGUCCUGCGGCCCUACAGCAACGUGUCCAACCUGAAGGUGUGGGACUUCUACACCGAGGAAACGCUGGCCCAGGGCCCCCCCUAUGACUGGGAGCUGGCCCAGGUGUCCCCGGAGCCCCCGGAGGAGGAGCGCGAGCUGCAGCGGCUGGAGACGGAGCUGGGCCGGCCCCCUGAGCGGUGGAAGGACAACUGGGAUCGGGUGAAGGCUGCCCAGCGCCUCGAAGGCCGGCCAGACGGACGUGGCACCCCCAGUUCUCUGCUGGUGUCCAGUGUGCCCCACCACCGCCGCUCGCUGGGUGUGUACCUGCAGGAGGGGCCUGUGGGCUCCACCCUGAGCCUCAGCCUGGACAGUGACCAGAGCAGUGGCUCAACCACAUCCGGCUCCCGCCAGGCCGCCCGCCGCAGCACCAGUACCCUGUACAGCCAGUUCCAGACGGCUGAGAGUGAGAACAGAUCCUACGAGGGCACCCUCUACAAGAAGGGGGCCUUCAUGAAGCCCUGGAAGGCCCGCUGGUUCGUGCUGGACAAGACUAAGCACCAGCUGCGCUACUAUGACCACCGCGUGGAUACAGAGUGCAAGGGGGUCAUCGACCUGGCGGAGGUGGAGGCCGUGGUGUCUGGCACUCCCACCAUGGGCGCCCCCAAGACCGUGGACGAGAAGGCCUUCUUCGAUGUGAAGACGACUCGUCGUGUUUACAACUUCUGUGCCCAGGACGUGCCGUCGGCCCAGCAGUGGGUGGACCAGAUCCAGAGUUGCCUGUCAGAUGCCUGAGCCCAGCCCUGCCCGGCUGCGCUGUGUCCAGUUACAGACCACUAGGGGUGGGCAGGGCCCCCCGGCCAUGUUUACAGCCCCCACCCUUGACAGUAUUGAGGCCCAGCCCCCGAAUUUGUGUGUAUAGCCCCUGCCAACCCCAUCCUGCCCACCCCGCCCGCCUGGCCAGCUCUGGCUUAUUUUGGAGUCCUGGCUGAGCUCUGGCGGGAGGCGCCAUGGUACAGCCCUCUCGGUGGGCCUGUAAAUAGCCCAGCCCUGUCCGCGUGGUGGCCCCGGCGGCCCGCAGGCACCCUGUUCCUACAGAGUCUAUAAAGAGAACUAACUAUGUGCCACA